AUGCCAUGUAUUGCCACCUGCUCGAGCCGGAGUCCAUUUUGGGCAAGGUACCAGUGGCGAAGGAAGAAGCAGGACCUGGAGCGGCACUCGGUUUUCCAACUUCAAGGGCAGCGUUCACUUAGCAGGUUGCACUCCAAGCAGCCAACAGCAGGCUUGAUCUCUGCAGAUUUGUACGAUCCUUCACUGCUGCCCAAGUAUGCUUGCCCAACAAGCUUUGACGAGGAUCCCGAAUUGGAACCAAUGGUUCGAAGAGUGAACAACAUGAAGAAGCUGUCCCAGACAAUGCAGAACUUCAGCGGGGCUCUUGGGUUAUUGCGCGUCCACGGGCUCCAGAGUGGGAAUUUGCGCGAGGCAGUCCUCCCGAGGCUGCUGGGCUGGAUGGGCUGA